UUUCUUGUAAUCGACCAUCUCUAGCAUCUAUCCCGUGACAAUAUUUCCAACUGGAAAAAAAUAAAUAAAUAAGUCCAGACAAAAUGUCACCCAAGAACAACCACGACCCCUCGUCGUCCGGUGACUCUGGCAACACCAAUGUCCAGGAGGCGGACCUGCAAGAGAUGGAGGACGUCAAUAACAGCCUGGACGCCCUUAGCUGUGCCUUGGACGCUGUGGAACAACGCACGGACGAUAUUAUGUCUCAGUUACGGGAGCUGUUAAACUCCAACCGUGAAAUCCGUCGUCUGCUCGCCGAGGAGAAGGACAACGCUCCGGAAUCCGGCGACGACAAGAUGGACGGCCAGGCGCCUAGCGAGAAUGCAUCCAAGUAGAUACCACCUAUCAGUUAUUGUUUUGAUUACCCUAAUCGUAUCUGGGCAAAAUUUGUGUUUUGUUUUUUUUUUGCUAUUAUCAUGUACUAUUGACUUUAAACUUAAGUAAACAUAAUUGAAAACAAA